UUCCUGCCGUUUCGCAUGGUGGAGGCGGCCAACAUGAAAUGGACGCUGCCUUACUUCCUCUGCCCGCUGUCGGGAUUCAUCUUCUACUCGGUCAUCGCCAACAGCGUCCUUCACCUGACGGCCAUCAGCGUGGAGCGCUACCUGGGUGUGGCUUACCCCAUUAAAUACAAGCUCAAACGCAACCCCAGAAGUGCCUUGAUAGCCUGCAUCCUAUUCUCGGUGGUUUCAAUGGCGCACUGCAGUAUCGUCUACGUCAUGCAAUACCACAACUAUUUCAACCCCAACAUCACUGAUCCAUCCAAACGUAACACCUGUUAUGAAGAAUUCACUGACGAACAACUCAAGAUCCUCCUGCCGUUUCGACUGGAGCUUUCUGUUGUCUUCUUCUACAUCCCUUUCCUCAUCUGCUGCUUCUGCUACAUCCAAUGCAUCUGCAUACUUUCCCGACUAUCCAACGUCAACGCCAAGAAGCGGUAUAGAGCCAUCAGGAUGGCGUUGGGCACACUUCUGGUCUUCGUUAUCUGUUUCAUGCCCUUCAACAUCUCCCACGUGGAGGGAUUCGUAACCAACCAAAGCUCUAAAUGGAGACAACCUGCUUUACUCACCAGCACGUUGAAUGCAUGCCUCGACCCUUUCAUAUUCUACUUCUCUUCUUCCGCACUCAGAGAGACUUUCAACAAGGUGUUGCAGGGGCUGGCGAAGCGUUUGCUCCUUCCUUGCUGCCGCUCGGCUCUCUGCUGCCCUUUAUUCAACCGUGGGAAACCAGACGAGCGAACGCAGAGCUCUGAUGACAGCAUUCUCUAACAUUUCAAGCCAGUCUUUGCAUUGAAUAAUCUGCCUGCAUGUGCAUCAUCAGUGCAUAUCAUUCAGUCUAAAGCCAAUUAAUAUAAUUCUG